AUGGACACACGUCUUCUUGGGAGUCCUAUCGGAAGACCCCCUGGAAACUGUGGCAGUGUUGAUGCCACCUCAAUGAUGGCGUCCCUACCUCUUAGUGGUCAUCGAAUUGGAGCUCCUGAAACUCCUCAAGUGUACAAAAAACCUCUCAAAAUUCUCUCUAUUCGAUAUCUACUCGGUGGUACUAUUGGUCGUGGGAGUUAUGGGAAGGUGCGUCGAAUUUUGGCCCCUGCAUUUUAA